AUGAAUGUCAUAUUCAAGUCUGCGAAUUGGGAUACUAUCCACGAAACGCGAGCUCCAUCUCUACAGCUCAGAGCUAAACGAUGUUUCGCCGCAGCCAUACUAUGUGCAAGCACUCUCUUCCUGCUAUAUAGAUACUCUCGGCUCUGGCAAGGCAGCCCAUUGCUUUGGACUACGCCAGAGGAUCGUUUUGUAGAGUUUCAAGAAUGUUCCAUCAAAAACUUGCUGAGUACCGAGCUGAAAUUUCUCGAUUCUGCAUCGCCAUUACCAUUGGAUGAAUUUGUCCAACGCAGGACCCGUCUUGCAGAAGCGCUCGUUGCAGACCAUGUUGAUGCUUUUGUCGUUGAACCGGGCUAUACCUUCCAGUAUUACAAUAAUAUAAGUCAAAAAGACUGGGAGGUAUGGGAACCCGAAGAACGUCCCUUUCUGAUGCUUGUUCAACCGCAAGUGGAUCUUACCACGGGAACCGUAAACGCAAUAACCAAAUUUCUUGCUCCGAGCUUCGAAGUUGAAAGAGUAAAGAUGUUAGGAAUGCCAUUCAAGGAAGACAUCGCCAUUGUCCCAUGGGAAGAACACUGGAAUCCUUACGAGACACUGAGAAGGUCGUGGACCCAGUAUCCUGUGACUGAAGAGGAGGUGACUGAUGAAAGAUAUGCCCCAAAAAUCAUGGUAGAUGAAGAGAUGAGAGAUUUCAUCCAGAGAGGCCUUGGUGAGAAUGGUUUCGACGUCGUGGGACUUGGUGGCGAGGUUGAGAGAGUAAAGCAGACGAAAUCCCCAAUGGAGAUCGAAAUUAUCAGAGCAGUCAACACUGGGACCGUGGAAGCCGUGCGGGCAAUGCGAGAGUGCAUGUAUCCCGGCUUAACUGAGAACCAAGUAAUGGAAGUUCUGGAUAAUACGCUUAGAGCUGCAGGAAUGGAACCCUUUUUUGACAUUGUCCUGUUCGAUGAGGAUGCAUCAAACCCACACGGUGGGACAGAUGGAAGCAAAGCUCUGGAAGCACAAACCUUUGUCCUGAUUGACGUUGGGGCACAUCUAUUUGGCUACUCCUCCGAUAUCUGCCGUACAUUUUUUCCACCUUUUUUUCCAAAGCCGACCCCCAGCUCGUUCAGCGCACUCCCACUCGGAAUUCAAGAAAAGCUUCGUGUUUGGGCCAUCGUGUUCGAAGCUCAAACUCAGUCUAUGCAGGCGAUGCAUGCAGGAAGCGCAGCCGCAACGGUUGAUAUCGCCGCAAGGAAAGUUAUUACUGAUGCGGGGUAUGGCACUGCCUUUACUCAUCGCGUAGGUCAUGGGAUUGGCAUAAAAGCUCACGAGAGUCCAUAUCUGAACAAAGGAAAUCUGAACGUAACAUUGAGAGUAGGUAUGACGUUUACCUCCGAGCCCGGGGUUUAUCUUGUGGAUAAGUUUGGGGUUAGGCAUGAGGAUAUUUUACUUGUGAAGGAGGACGGCGAACCUGAGAUUUUGACUGGGAAAAGGGCCUCGGGACCCUGGGAUCCGUGA